AUGUCGUCUAGCGCGGAGUUGAGCAAACCCAACAACCGGGCAGCGGCCCUCGCGCAACUCAAGUUCAAACGAAAGAAGGAUGUGCAGCCUGGGGGUGUUGCGGCUCCGGUUCCAGCACCGCCUGAAACACCGCGAGUGGGGCGAGUGCUAGUGCCCGAUUCGAGUCCGUUGGCGCCGCAUAACCAGCCCAAACCGAGUGGGACAGAGGCAUGGAUACUUUUCUCCCCGACCGAUCCUGUCAUCGAUCUCGACGCUGACUCGGACCUCGACCGUCCACGCAAGAAGCCACGUCCCGAUUUUGAGCGCUUACGGAGCUCUUCGACGCGUUCCGAUGUCUCUGUCUCCUCCAGUGUCCCUCCCUCGUCCCGUGUGUCCACAGUCUCGACUCCGACCCCUGUCCCCGAGGACCCCCUGUCACCGGUCGUGGGCAAGCUCAGAAAGGAUGUCAGCAAGGUCAACAUGGCUGCCGAGAGCGACGACGACGAUGUUGGGCACAGACGGAGAGUCUUCCGCGGCCGAAAACAGGUCGACGACGAUGACCUGCCCAGUCCCAAAAAUAUCAUCAAACGUACUCUCGAAGACGACAACGACGAGCGCGAGGGCAUUGUGCAUAUUCCCGAUACUCCACCUCCCACCAAAUACGUCAACGGCAAGGCUCUCGCUCUCAAUGGCACACACAAGAACGGGUCAUCCAAACCAUCCGUCUCGACUACCAAACCCGCUAAAUCUACAUCCGAUACCAAACAGACCGAAUCCAAGGAUGGAAACGUAUCUUCUGGUACCGAGUUCGAUGCGGAUGGAGACUCGGAACCCGAGGGAGAGUGGGUGGGAGACGAGGAGACCCAGCGAUUAGAAAACGAGGCGUUGGUCUGGUUCAAUAUCGCCGCCGAGGACGCUCUUGUCGAAGUCACAGCAUGUACACCCGCCCAGGCAUCACUCAUAGCCUCCCUCCGACCAUUCACCGACGUCCCCUCGCUCAAACGCUCACUCAAGCGUACCAAGGGCGUCACUCCUCGAUUCUUUGAUGACUAUGUCAACAUGCAGCGCGGGUAUUCCGACGUCGAUACCGUGCUUGCAGGGUUCGAAGUCAUCGGAAAGCAACUUGCCUCGAUCAUUUCAGAGUGGACUGGAGGCCAGGGAGCGACCGACGAUGACGCUGGGUUACAUUUGAUUACCGUCCCUUCGCUCUCCCAGUCCACCCCAACUCCUGCCGCUGCCGCCACCGCCACCACCGCCACCACCAGCGAAAGCCUCUCCUACCUCAUUCGUAGGCAACCUCACCUCCUUGCUCCUGGCGUCGUUCUCAAAGACUACCAAUUGUUUGGCAUCUCCUGGCUCAAUCUCUUGUACAAGAAACAGCUGAGUUGUAUACUAGCUGAUGAGAUGGGGUUGGGCAAGACGUGUCAGGUCGUUGCGUUUUUGGCAUGGUUAAAGGGUGGGUGUCGAGAUCAGAGUCCGGAUGGCGAUGGGGAUGAAGUCGAGGCCUUGGGUGAGAGAGUCAAGGGCGUCCAUCUAGUCGUCGUCCCCUCGUCGACGCUUGAAAACUGGGCUCGAGAAUUUGCGAAAUUCGCACCCUCGAUACGCGUCGCGACGUAUUAUGGGAACCAAAAGGACCGUGCUGGGUUUAGGGACGAGUAUAAGCGAGCAGUGAGGCGGGCUGAGCGAAUGGGUAUCGAGAGGGACGACGUUGAUCCUGGGUGGGAUGUGCUCAUUACUACCUAUCAGCUCGCCCAGGGCGCUGAGCCGGAUAGAAAAUUUUUGAGCAAGAGCGUCAAGUGGGAGACGUGCGUAUUCGACGAAGGCCAUGUGCUCAAGAACUUCCAGAGCCAGCGGUACCAACAGCUGAUGAAGAUUCAGGCGCGGUGGAGGUUAUUGUUGACUGGCACACCGUUGCAAAAUAACCUGCAAGAGUUGGUGUCUCUCAUUUCGUUCAUCCUCCCCGGGAAAUUCAACGCCGAAACGAUCGAUUCGCUCCGUACGAUAUUCAAAGUCCGGGCCGACGCGCAUGCAAGUUUGCUUUCUCGCGAACGGGUCCUCAAAGACCUCCCGAACAAAACCGAAAAAAUCGUCUGGUGCUCAAUGACCGGCCUCCAACGGUCCAUCUACAACGAAACCAUGCGCCGGUCCAAAAAAGAGCUCGAGCGCGAGGCUGCGGCGGCCUCGGCAUCCGCCUCGACACCCCCACCGGACAAAAAACGAGUCAAGGUCGACGAGUCGGCCAAAUCUCAGAAAAAAUCCGCGACACUCAAAGCCAAGACGAAAGCAGCCGAAGCGUCGAGCGCACACGUGCUGAUGGACCUGCGCAAAGCCGCGUCGCACCCGAUGCUGUUCCGACGGCGGUUCGACGACGGGAUCAUCCGCAAGAUGGCCAAGAUGUGUUUAAAGGAGCCCGAGUUUAUGGAUUCGGUCGAGGAGCUGGUGGUGGAGGAUAUGGAGGUCAUGACGGACGCGGAGCUCCAGGUGUUUGCGAAGCGGUACAAGAGUUGUCGGAAGAUGGCGUUGCAGGACGAGUGUUUUUUGGAUGCGGGCAAGGUCGAGGUGUUGCUUGAGCUUGUCAAGGGGUAUCAGACGGAUGGGCGCCGGGUUUUAGUUUUCUCUCAGUUUACGCAAAUACUAGAUAUUCUCAAGGUCGUUUUGGACCAUGUCGGACUCAAGUUUUUGGUUCUUACUGGGUCGACGCCUGUAGAUGAGCGACAGAGUUUGGUAGACAAGUUUACAGAGGACGAGACGAUUCCGGUGUUUUUGCUUUCAACCCGAGCUGGUGGAAUGGGAAUCAACUUGACGGCAGCGUCGGUGGUGAUCAUGUUUGACCAAGACUUCAACCCGCACAAUGACCGCCAGGCCGCGGACCGUUCGUACCGUAUAGGGCAGAAACGAGAUGUGGAUGUUGUGAAACUCAUCACCAAGGAGACGAUCGAAGAGGACAUUCUACGGUUGGGCCAGACCAAGCUUGCGCUCGACGAGGCUGUGGCGGGAGACCAGGCGGAGGAAGGGGACGAGGGUGCGACGGAAAAGGCGAUGAAGUCGAGUUUGUUGAAUGUAUUGCGGGAGAGAUUCGCGGGCGAGGAUGCGGGAUUAGCGAGGGGAUAG